AUGUCUGAAUGUUGUCUACUGAGGGUUGCUGCACUUCUGCAUGUCACAGAUGCUGAUAAUAAAGCCAAAUUUCUUUUGAGUCGAAAGGACAAGGCCACGUUUGAGAGGUUGGAGUAUCUCAUGUCUAAAGAAGACAACUAUAAACGCUUGAGAGAUUACAUCAGCAGCCAGAGCAUGACAUCCUGCAUCCCAUAUCUGGGUAUAUAUCUGUCUGAUCUGACCUACAUCGAUUCGGCGUAUCCCUCCACCGGCAGCAUUCUGGAAAACGAACAGCGUUCCAACCUGAUGAACAACAUUCUGAGAAUCAUCUCAGACCUGCAGAGAUCCGUUGAAUAUGAUAUCCCAGUAUUGCCGCAUGUCCAGAAGUAUCUCAACUCUGUUCGCUACAUUGAAGAGUUACAGAAGUUUGUGGAGGACGACAAUUAUAAGUUGUCCCUAAAGAUCGAGCCACCAGCUACCAGCACACCUCGCACCACUGCCUCUAGAGAGGACCUCACAGGUCCAGACACAUCUGCGUCACCGUUAUGUGGUCGUCGUGGUAAUGUUGCUGAAGGUGCCCUGCCUAAAGUCCCGCCGACGCCACCUUCACCCCGGAACCUCAUCACCUACGGACACAGGAAGUGCCACAGCCUCGGCUACAAUUUUAUCCACAAAACGAACACAGCGGAGUUUAAAAGCGCCACGUUCCCCAACGCCGGAUCCAGACACCUGCUGGAUGACAGUGUGCUGGAAAGUCACACACCCACACGAGGGCAAGCGGAGAGCUCAACACUGUCUAGCGGCAUUUCACUGGGAAGCAGUGAAGGGUCGGAGCUCAGUGAGGAGAUGUCUUGGCCUGCCUUUGAGAGGACUCGAUUCUACCACUCUCUGGGCCCCGUCAGCAGAGUGGGCCGCAUUUCCUGCAGAGGAGCGCUCAGGCCCAGCAGCUCUGCAGAGUCGGAGGAGCUGGCGGUGCAUCUGUACCCAGGAGCCGUCACAGUUCAGGGGGUCUUGCGCAGGAAAACAGUCCUCAAGGAGGGCAAGAAACCCACGGUGGCAGCGUGGACUAAGUAUUGGGUGGCUCUUUGUGGUACUCAGCUUUACUAUUAUACUGCCAAGUCCCUCAAGGCCACAGAGAGGAAGCAUUUCAAGUCUACCGCCAGCAAAAGUGUUUCUGUUUUGGGCUUAAUGGCCAUGAUGGCAGACGACCCGGAGCAUCCCGACGUCUUCCUGCUGACUGACUCUGAGCAUGGUGAGACAGCCAAUCACAAGCCUUGUACUCGGACAGCAACCAAUCACAAGUUUUGA